AUGGAGAGAAGCGGCCGAUGCAGUAGUAGUACUGCUUCUACUACGGACAAGAAUAAGGGCAAGGAGGCAGAGGCGUGGAGGAUGAUGAGCUACCGCCAAAUUGGAAGGCCCGGCGGCUCUCUGCUUCCUGGAAACGCUACUACAUCCAGCAGUGGCGGCUUUGUCGGAGGAAGCGGCUGCUUUCCCUGGCCUCCCAGGUCAUACUCUUGUAGCUUUUGCAAGAGGGAAUUCAAGUCAGCGCAGGCUCUCGGGGGUCACAUGAAUGUUCACAGAAGGGACAAAGCCAGACUGAGGCACUCCCCGCCCUAUUCUAAUUAUGAACUCAACCCUAACCCUAAUCCACUUGUUCAGCUUCCUUGUACUACUACUACUACUACUAGGGUUUCUAUUCCCAACCUCAACAUGCCGCCGCCUUCCACUUCGUCCGGAGAUGAUCGUGACCAGAUCCUCACCACCCCAUUCUCCUCCAUCAUUUCUCCUCUGUUGCCGCAUCUUAUCCCGCCGUCUCUGCAAGCAGCAGGCCGGUGGGACUCCAAGGACGAACAAGAUCUCGACGACAUGGGCAGCGUUUCAAAGAGCGAUGGGAGAAAAGUACUGGCGUUGGACUUGGAGGUAGGCCUUUUUACCGGCAACAAUAACCAUCAUGGUCUUGAUUUGGAGCUUCGACUCGGAUACAUUAAUUAA